GGACUUCAACGCCAAAACUCUCGCGUUUCUUCCCCACCGAAUUCCUUGAUCGGUAGCGUAUUCCAUACGACUGCCUACCGUGCACACUACCUACCUUUCUGCCCAAUUAAUUCGGUUGCCGGCUCGGUUGCCGCCUCGGUUGCCACUGUCCUCCAGUCGCCAUUCGGUUGCCCUUGCCUCCAUCACAUAUCCCAUGGGCCGCGGCGAAAAUUUGCCUGCUUGAUAUUACCGGAAAGAACAUGCACCAUGGGUAACGAGUCAAGCAGGCCCGAGCAGCUCGAGGGUAGGUCUCGCUCCCUGUCUCCACUUCCGCGGGACUAUCAGCUUUCGCCCGACGCUGCCGACAGCUUGUCUGCUCUUCCGUCAACAAUGCCCGCGUCGCUCCAAGUUGCGAACGAGGGCUCAGGCCCUCCAGGCGCACCUGGCUCGCUUGCCUGGCAUCGGCGGCGGCGACGAGCCCGUGCCCUCUCCCCAGAGUUGCCUCGCGCCUCACCUCCGUUUGAGUUGUCGGACAAUGAGCACCCGGCUGACGAUCAAGAAUUCCCGCUUACGGCUCAUGCGGUAUCUACGGCAGAGCUUUCGCUGCCUGCGACCCAACCUACCCGUGUAAAGUCAAAGCGCGCCAAAAAAAAGUCUUCGGAGAAGAAGAGGAAAGCCGAGCUCAAGGAGGCAGCCAAAGCCGCACAUGAUGAGGCCGUUAGGGUUGAAGCGGCAAUUCAGGAUCACAAAAAGCGCAGGCAUCGUUCAACCGCACCUUCUCCCUUCCCCCCACGGGACGGAGAGCAGGCGACCGGCGACCCCGAACCCUAUAAUGAGCUGGUGGAAGCGACCUCUCCACGAAGCCAGUCACUGAAGCAUUCCCGGCUCAGCAAGAAGUACAAGGGGCUGGGGACGGAGGUCACUACGGGGGACGGCGAAGAGGAAGCUACGACUGUACAUGGCCGCUCGAUAUUCGACCUCGAAGGCGACGACGACGCCCCAUCAAGCGCGCGGCCACAAGGAAAGCGACCCCGGCGAGAUAGCGAUUCCAAACCACGCAAAAACCGGAAGUCAUCCCGGUCCUCGAACUUAGGACUAGAUGAUGGCUUGGAGGCAGGGCGUUCGGAAGAACCUAUCGACAGACUGGCUCUGGAAGGCACCAAUGCUGAUUUCCAGCUUGACCGUGGUGGCGGUACUGGAAGGGAAGGAGAAACAGAUAUGACGGAGGCGGCGCGCUCAUCAUCACCUGUGCUCGAGGAACGCAUAUCCGCCGACGGUGCAGCGCGUCGAGCAUCAACUACUUCCAACCAUGGUUCUCAACGUUCAAACUCCGACUCUGGAUACGAAGAAGCCGAGGUUCAAGGCAUGCCUCAGCGAGAACAUGAAGGGGAUGCCCUAGAGCGUAGAGGCUCGCCACAGCUGCGAGGUGAUGACCAUCUCGCAGCAGGUGAUCAAGCGAAUCAAAAUGACGAUGACGAGAUCUCGGUUGCGUCUGACUUGCACCGUUCACCUGUCGCAUCCCCGACGCCAAACUCACCCGCAGACGCGAAUGUCGCAAACGGAGAGUUGAACGAUGACGCAGUCGAGAGUGCUCCCUCGCAGCACGACUCUGACACAGCAGUGGCUCCGUUCGAAUCGGUUGCCAAAACCUCAAGUUCCCGUUCUAGCGCCAAGAGGAAGACAAAGGUGCCAUUUUUUUCUCGCGGAGAGGAGGAAAGUGCGCGUACAGCUGCUGAACCCACCCAGGAUGCCGCCACCUCUCAAGAGCAGUCAAGGCGGCGGCCAGGGGCCGAGUCACCAGUGCCAGGCGAGGCUGACCCGUCAGAUACUGCCCGCAAGCCGAAGCCCAAGAAGCAAAAGCGACGGCCCGAGGCAGAGACUGCGGUGGCUGCCAACGAACCGGAUGCGCAGGCUCAGCCGGAGGGAUCACGGUACAGGACCGGCCCCCUUUCGCAAACCGAGGAGAACCAGAUCACCAGAGCGAUGGAGCGGUUUCGGGAGAACGAGGGCUUGACCCAACAAGAACUCAACCAGGUGAUCCACGACAAUCCCCAGAAGAGUGAGCGGCCAAUCCACCGUCAACUCUGGGCCACGAUACAGGAUGCAUGCCCGACCCGACCCCGGAGAAAGUUGAUCGAGUGGUGCAGACAACGGUAUAACAACUGGGCAGGGCGGGGUACCUGGACCCCAGAACAGGACGAUGAGUUGGUGGACCUGGUCGCGAAGCACGGGAAGAAGUGGAGCUACAUCGCGGGGCUGAUCAAUCGCUAUCAAAAGGACGUCCGUGAUCGAUGGAGAAACUACCUGGUUUGCCGCGACACCGUUAGAACCGACGCGUGGUCCGAGGGCGAAGAAGAGAGGUUCCGCGAGGUGGUGGAGAAAGCCAUCGAGAAGAUUCGGGAGGGAGUCGGGAAAGACAGCAAGAAACCAGCCGAGGCGCUCAUCAACUGGCUCGAUAUCAGCCAAGCCAUGGGCUACACCAGGUCCCGGCUCCAAUGCAUGGAGAAGUGGAAGAGGAUGCGCGCAGCCGAGCCAUUGCCCGACACAGUCCCGACUGUGUUACCGCAGGGCAACUCAUGGCGCCUAGAAAAGGCGCGCGAGGAUCUACGGAAGAUGACAGCAGAGGACAAGUACCGCUUGAUGUGUGCAAUCCGCGAUUCGGGAGUGGAAACAGACGCGAAAAUCAACUGGAAGCCGAUCAUCAAGGGCACGUUUCAGGGUGUGUUUGAGCGGACGGCACUCGUCGUCACAUGGGGGAGGCUGCGGAAGGCAGUGCCGGACUGGGAGACCAAGACAACGCGCGACUGUGCCCAGUAUCUAUGCGAAAUGUACGAGAACGAAGGCCACUUUGGCUCUUCUGAGAUCGCCGAAACAGCCGAAGACGAAGAAAACGCGGCCGUUUCUGCCAACAAGAAACGACGAAAGGGCAAGAAAGUGGUUCGCCCGACGUCCACAGACGACGAGAUAGCGCCGAGUCUCGAGACAGCGACGACCGGAGCUCAGUCCAAGGAGGCUGAGAUCGUACCAUCUACGAUAAACGAGGACAACGAUUCAGCAUCCAGAGGAUUUCUCCCGAAGCGUGGCAACAAGGGGAGGAAGACAGCCACAGAUGCAUCCACAGAUGCACCAUCGGAACGGACCGGAGAUGCUGCAGAUCUGGAUGUGCAGACAGAAGAAUCUGCCCCCGUAGAAUCGCGCACCGACCCAUACAGCGGGAAGAGGCCACGCCAGGCGGAGAAGGAACAGAGCCCGGAACUCAACAGUGGACAGGCAGAGUUGUCACCCAGUAUAGAAGCCCAGGCUGCCCGGUUCAGAAGGCGCGAGAGAAUAGGGAGUACGGUGGAGAGGGGGAGCGUCAAGGGCAAGGGCAAGGGCAAGGAAUUUCGGCCACUGGGGUCUGAGACCAAGGCUUCGAAAUUUUCGAAGAGGCAGCGUCGCGCAUCUCUGUCCGAUGUGGAGGAUAUUGAGAGCCCCAAGCUCAAGAAACGAAAGACGCUGAGUUCGUCUUCAAAGGCAGAGGCUGAUGGGAUCGCUUCGCCCAGGACCAGGGAAGACAAGGCACCGGAAAGCUAUGGGAAGUCUUGGAGCGUCAUCAGCAGUGACAUGGAUGAUAUGGAGGAUAUCCCCGCGACAUUGCCUGUGUCGAGCCAGGCUGCGCAUUAGCCGACAUUGCAGCUAAUUGCUUGGGAUGGAUGGGCA